AUGAAAAACCUUGAAGAAAUCAAUAAAAAUGGGUUAAAUUCGCUAGAAUUAGGAAUCAGAAUAAUUGACAAAUAUAUAAGAAAAAUUUUGACAACGAAAGAAAUAAGGACAAAUGAGGAAGACCCAUUGCUAAAAAUCCUACUGCUUAAUGAUCCUAAUGACGUCCAAUCACAGCUAGAAAGUUUUAUAAGUGAGUUUAUUAAUUAUGGGGAUAUUGCCAAUAGCUGUGUGCUGGGCGGGCAAAAUCCAGGAAAUGAGAGGACAAUAGAAAUUAAUAGAGAAAAUACUGCAGCGAAAAUAAAAAGCUUAGAAAUAGACGUGGCUGAUUUGAAAAAUGAAGUAAAAAGACUCAGUCAACUUAUUGAAAAUUCAAGCCAAGUAAGCAUAGAUAAGGAGCCUGUUCUAAGUAAUUUAAAUUUAUCAAGAAGUGCUUAUUAUGAGCCAGGGAAUUAUCAUACCUUUCAAGCUGAAAAUCAGCAUCUCAGCUCAAGCCAAGCUUACCGAACAGUAGGAAAUGGUGAUUUAUUUACCUCAAUGAUUUUUCUUCUCCCUGGCCAAAAACAUGGAUUUUCUGAUAUAAAUGAUAAUUCCUACCUCACCUCAGCAUUGCAGAUUCUUGCUAGCUCAUCUUUAUUUGUUGAAUUAUCAAAAAGUCCAAUGGACCCAACGCUACUGAGCUUAAAUAUUUUAUUUAAUGCUAUGAAAAGGUCAAAUUUCCAAAACUUCGUUGAUAAUUUACUAUCGGAUUUUAGCAUAACUUUAGCACAGAACUCUUAUUAUGUAAAUUUUAUAUAG